AUGUAUCGAGUGAUCAAGAUCACUUCCUGGUAUGAGCUUCACAUUGUAGGUUUUGAUACCAAAUAUCUACGACUUUCUGUAACGGACUCGUGUUUUUCCAUGCUAGGCAUUCCUCCGUGGCAAGACACCUAUUGUAUCCUCAUCCUUCGUCCCAUUCCCUUCUUCUGCCUCUCAUCAUUUAUACAUUGUCGCUCUAGCAAACCAAAAUAUCAUCACCACUUCUCCCACUUCAAUUUUCGGGCAGGCCCAUUCUCUCUCUACACCUUCUUUUCUUUCAAAGCUGUCUCUACGCCUUACUUGAGGCAAGAUAUCGUUUACAGUUCUUUCUCACCGCCGGCCGGAUCAAUCAAUUUAAAUUCUAUUAAUUUUUAAAUCACAUCUUAGCUUCUUCUUACUUGCCGGUCUCGUCGUUCUAUCAUCACUGUUCAUCAUGUUUUGGCACGCAGCCGCAACACUAUCACUUCUCCUUGCCGGCCAUGUAAAUGCAGGUAGAAUCAUGGAUAUAGCGCCGGUGGCUCGUCGAGAUAAUAGGGAUGAGAUGUUACGGCGAUAUAUGGACAAUAUCAUUGAGGAUCGUCGAAGAUCUAUCACAGAUGCACCGGCACCCGCAGCAGCUACGAAUAUGUCGGAUUGGAAUACUCAAACUGAGGUAGCAUGCGGUCAGGCACUAGACUUAUUAAAUGCUCAGAAUACCAACCCAUCUGGGUUAGCAGUCUGUUAUAAUCUGCCCUAUGUCGACAACACUACUGGUGUUUUUAAGGCUGAUCUAAGGCUGUACAAUGUCUCAGCUCCAACAGGAGCAUUUGCCAAUAUUCCGAGUCAGAAAGUUGAGGUCGCGUUGAGUUACGAAGGGGCUACAGUAUCGGCUGUUAAUAUGUCGACAUUGAUGGCUCGAAGCGACGGUACUUCUUUAAUUUCAUGGCCACGAGAAAUUUCAAAGCGACAAUCAACACCAGGCAAUUCCACAGGGAAGACGUUUAGUUUAGUUCAAUCUUAUGCUUUCAUUGGCCAGAUGAAUAAGGAAUAUAUUGGCUUGGACAUGGACAGGUAUGUUACACUUUACAAGAUUACAACGCUUCCAAUCUAACUUGAUUUAGCUCAGCCAUGGAAGCACUCCUGACCCCAACCGUGAGUUUGACUGGCAGAGAUGUUCAAGGUGGAACUGUGAAUACAACCCUCAACACCAACCAAGCAUCUUUCGUCAAUGGUGCAUUUUCUACACAAGCUGCCGGAGUCACAAAAACCGUCGCUCAACCUCCUAUCCAGACUCUCGUCGUCGCGUCCGAAUCUCCUUUCGUGGUUCCUGGUCUCAACAUUCUUAUCUUCCCAAUUGGUGGCGUCAUCACAGGUAUAUGGGCGAUUUUAUUCAUUGGUACCAUUUCUUAUGGUACCAUCGGUAGAAUACAGUUCCGGGACCAAUUCAGAUCAAGAACUGCCAGAGCCCAGAAGGGGAAUAUGUCACGAAUUUAAUCGGCUUUAGGGCUAUCAUGCGGAUCGGGGGAAGUGUAUAGGUUUAUUUUCUAAGAGGGGGACUAUAUCAUUUAUAGAUUUUUUGGGCACGAAUAUCAGAGAAAAGGUGGUUUUGGAACAGACUGAAGAUCAUGUUGAGGAUUGUGUGAAGAUAUCGUGCUCAGGGUAAUAAGCUUGGAGCUUGAUUCUCUAAACCAAAGGUUCUUUCUGAAGCCCGGACAUAUGAUCAGUCCUAAGGGCUACAAAUCCUCACGCCAUGACAUUAUCGUGUGUUCUUUUGAGUUUAUUUGUUUUUGCUUGAGAAUGGAGAUGAGCAAUAUUACAACGAGACACGAUUUUUACCUCAGUUUAGAGUUUAUAAUACAAAUGGAAAAAUAAUACAAAAUCAAGUCUGUUCGGUUUCUUUCCGGAGAAUAUGUUAUUUUAUUACUUGAUAACUAUUGCUUGAUUUGUAAGAUGAGGGAGGGGAUAACAAUGUGCAUAGCUAGACAAGAUUAAUCUGUGGAAACUCACAG